AGCCCCGGCCGGCGCUUCCUGCCCUGCAGCGCCCCUAUAAAAACGUGGGCACCGAGCGAGCGGAGGCAUGACCGAGACUUCCCAGCGCCGGGCGUGCCGGGGAGCAGCCGAUUGCUCGCGGGGAGCCCCCCGACAGCCAGCCCCAGCUCAGCUCCGCCGCCCCGCACCAUGCUGGGGCUCUGCCUGGCGCUGGUGGCCACGGCCCAGCUCGGGCGCUCGGCUCCCGCCCCGCCGCAGCCCGCGGGCGCCCAGUGCAUCGAGCACGUCUGCUUCGGCGUCUUCUGGGGGCGGCAGCGGUUCCCCGGCGCCAGCCGGCUCUGCCAGGCCCGCGGGGGGCAGCUCAUGACGGUGCGCUCCACGGUGGCGGAGGCCGCCAUCGCCCUGCUGGUGCGGAACCGGAGCGACGCCAGCCUGUGGAUCGGGCUGCAGCUGCCCCCGGGCCAGGCGUGCUCGGAGCCCGCCCGCCAGCUGCGGGGGUUCCGCUGGGUCACGGGCGACGAGCGCACGGACUACGCCCAAUGGAGGCCGGGCGGCCCCGUCUGCGGGCGCCAGUGUGUCGCCGUGGCGGCCCUGGAUCUCGCCUGGGAGGAGAAGCGGUGUGACUCCGAAGCAGACGGCUUCCUGUGUGAGUACAAUUACCCCGGCACGUGCGCCAAGCUCUCCCCCGGGGCAGGCCUGGCGGUGACCUACACCACCCCCUUUGGGGCGCAGGACAGUGACCUCCUGGUCCUCCCUCCCCAAACCACUGCCUCAGUCCCGGCCCUGGGCAUGGAGCUGGUGUGCCAGGAGCACAGCAGCGGGGGCAUGCGGUGGAGCUCAGCCAGCCCUGGGGCCUGGCACUGCCAGCUGGAGAACGGCGGGUGCGAGGAUUCGUGCCAGUGGGACGGCGGGACCCCGCGCUGCACCUGCCCCCAGGGGAAGCAGCUGGACCAGGACCAUCGCAGAUGCUCUUCCCUGUGUGCCGACGCCCCCUGCGAGCACCACUGCAUCCCCCUCGCCCUCAACUUCACUUGCAUGUGCCACGAGGGCUAUGAGCUGGCCGGGGAUGGCAUCAGCUGCAGAGACAUUGAUGACUGUAAAACCAACCCGGGCCUUUGUGACCAAGUGUGCAUCAACACCAAGGGGGGCUUCACCUGCCAGUGCCACCCGGGCUAUGAGUUGGUGGAGGGCAAAUGUGAGGACGUGAGAGAUUGUGACGGAGAGAAAUGUCAACACCAGUGUGACGAUGUGCCAGGGGGUUACCGCUGCAGCUGCUCCAGUGGAUACGCCCCAUCCCCCCAGGACCCCCAUAAAUGUGUUCUAUUUUGCAACCAGACUGAAUGCCCAGCAGACUGUGACCCCCAUACACAGGAUACGUGCUACUGCCCCGAUGGCUUUGUUUUGGAUCACCACAAUGGUAGUGCAAAGAUGUGUGUUGAUAUUGACGAGUGUGAGCUAGGCUAUUGUGAACAGCUGUGCACAAAUAAGCCAGGCAGCUACACCUGUUAUUGCCAGGAGGGGUACAGCCUUGACAAGCUUGACACAUGUAUUUCUGAAGAUGAGUUUUCAGGUGAGAUGGACUCCUACCCAAAAACAGCAGCCCCCACCCAUGUCCCACCGCCGCCAGACAGCCUCCACCCCGGAGUGCUGAUCGGAAUCAGCAUUGGCAUCUUGUCCACAAUUCUGGUCCUGAUGGCCAUUCUCUACCACCUGAUGAAGAAGCAUUUCCCAGUUCAUGGAGCCAUGGAUUAUAAAUGUAGCAACAGGACAGAAAAGGAAGUGGUGCUGCAGCAAGUUACCCCCAGAUGCCCCUCUGCUAACCAGAAACUGUAAAUAAUCCCAUUGGAUCGAAAGGGGAAAAGAUGGAAUUGGUUGGAAUUUUUCAAAUUUCCGAUGAAAACUUUUCAAGGAAAGUUAUUAAAACUUUUCAGGAAAAAUAUUCACUAUUUUUCAACAAGCUGCAGAAAAAUGUGCUUUGCAAGAGAUGAAAAAACUGAAUGGUAGAGCAUACAAAAUGCUGAGCUAGUCCCAUUUGUGCGUCUUUAAAGAAACCCCUAGAUGCCUUUUUGAUUUCCCCCCUUUUCCAGACUUGGCAAGCUUUGUGGGGUUUAAAGAGAGAACUUCAUUAUUUUUUGUGCAUUGAGAAAACUGCUCUUGUUUGGAACUUACUAUUGAAAUCUGACUAUAAAACAAGAGAAUAUAUGCAACUGACUUUUCAACUGUAAUAGACUUUGAAGUGGUAUGGUGAAAGCAGCUUUCAUCCAGAGACGGUGUCAUGAGUUCUUUCCCACAUCAGGCUGGAGCUAUUGAGCAAUCAAGAAGAGGUGGAAUGCUCCUGCGACAGAUAUAGGUUUGGUUUAUUUUUUAAAAACUGCUAAUUACUAACAAGUAGCAAAGACCUUUCCAUCAGUUCUUCCCCUACCUUCCAUCGUCCUGUCCUCUUUGUUAUCUGUAAGAAAUUGCAGCUCCCCACAUUUAUCUAUCUUAGGGGUUUGUGCUGCCACCCAUUACCACAGUAUCUGAGCACCUUUCAUGUAAAAUCAAUAGCAAAAGCAAAGCCCCUAAUGGACUUCGUGGAAUCUCUGCCCCUUCUCCCUUUCAGGGUGAGAACUCUGCUGAUUUAGUUUUGUUGUUUGUUACAGGUUUUUUGUUUUUGAGGGGGGCAGGUGUUUGGGUCCAUGGAGCUGUCAAUGGUGUGUCAUUCUUGCUAUGGUGGAAAAGCCUUCCCAUCUGAUGGUUGUGUCUUCCAUUCGCAUUUUCUCUUCCAUUUGCAUUUUCUUCCCCCUUCUCUCACUGUCAGGUUAAAACAUCAUUAACAAAACCACUUCCUAUUCUCCUGUUGAUAAGAACAUACAAACCGCCAUACUGGGACAGACCAAAGGUCCAUCUAGCCCAGUAUCCUGUCUUCUGACGGUGGCCAAUGACAGGUGCCCCAGAGGGAAUGAACAGAACAGGGAAUCAAGUGAUCCAUCCCCUGUUGCCCAUUCCCAGCUUCUGGCAAACAUAGGCUAGGGACACCAUCCCUGCCCAUCCUCCAUGAAUUUAUCUAGUUCGUUUUUUUUUUUUUUUAAACCCUGUUAUAGUCUUGGCCUUCACAACAUCCUCUGGCAAGGAGUUCCACAGGUUGACUGUGCAUUGUGUGAAAAAAUACUUCCUUUUGUUUGUUUUGACUCUGCUGCCUAUUAACAUGAUGGCAGGGCAUUUUUGCCCAGUGCUGCUAAAUCCCUCAGCCCCUGUCCAGAUGGUUGCUAUGGGCCCAAUCCUACCCACACAGUGGCAAAACUUCCAUUGACUUCAAUGGAAGCAGGCUCAGGUCCUCUGUUUGCCAUCCAGUACUAUAGUGGGCAAAAUCCGAAAAAUUUAUUUCACAUUUUCCUUUCCAGAUCCUUUUAUCAAGGGUUGAGAUGAAGAGUUAGGAGGCGAAAAAAGCCAAGGGUCGGACCAGUGUUCAAAGGACAACCUUAAUGAGAUUGUGGGAGAAAAUAAGCCCAAAUGCUGAGAGGACUCUAAGAGCCUUUUUCUGCUUCUGUGGAAGCUUUGACAUUGGCUUCAAGAGGAGCAUGAUUGAGCUCUACCAGGUAGGGUCCCGUGCCUAUGAAAUAUUGAUAUGCAGCAGUGCUCAGUUUUCUAGCAGUACAUUUUACAAUUCUGGGAUAGCAAACCCAGACAUAUAGGUGACUGCUUGCAAAUGAAUCUUAGAAUAUCAGGGUUGGA